AGCAAUGUCAAUCUAUUUUCAGACAUUAAAAAGAUUAACAUCUGCUGUAUUUCAAAGUACUAAAUAUCAAAGUAGACCACUCUUUUACUGGCUUGUGGUUAUAUUUAAUAGAGUUGAUGUUGAACGUGUAAAACAAGUUGGUCCAGAUCGUGCAUGUGCAGAAUGGCUUUUAAAAAAUGGAGCAUUUGUUAGGUGGAAAAAUUUUUCUGAGCUUUUAACUGAUUAUAAUGCUAUACCAUCCGGUAAGAAUUAUUACAUUGAAGCUGUUGAAGCAAAUAACGCUGGGAUAUGUGAUGUAGGAUUUCGACAUUUUGACGGAUGCAAGCAUAUAAAAGAUAUAAAAUUUCAAAGUUGUAAAUAUCUUAAUAAUAAUGCUAUGUCAUAUUUAUCACUCCUUCAAGAUACAUUAACUAAUUUAGAAAUUAUAAGCUGUAAAAGUAUCGAUGAUGAUGGUCUACGUGAGUUGAAACAACUGAAAAAUUUAAAACAAUUGACAAUUAAAGGAUUAUCAUAUAUUUUGAAUAGCGAUGCUAUUUAUAAGGAACUUACUGAAGCUUUACCCAAUUGUAAAAUCAAUCUUGAGUAA